AACACAAAUUGAAUCAAAAUCUUUUGAAUCCCUCAAAAUCCCCCAAAAAAAAGCGUUCUUUGAAAUAAAAAACCAUGAGCGCCUCUUGUUCUUCCGCCAUUGAUAUAUACACAAAUUCAUUACCAGCAUUCAUUUUGUGACAUACGAAAACCCUUUUUGUUUUAGAGAUCAUUCUUUUCAUAUUUUUUUGGGUUUCGGCUUUCCUGGUUUUUUUUGGUUCUGCCGAAAUCGCAAAUUGUAGAAGAUAUAGUAUAGUAGUAGUUGCAGAGACGGCGAUGGCGAUUAUACUGAAGGAGAAAACGGCGGACGAAGACAUUUUGGUGCCGCCGGUAAAUUUCUCAAUGGUGGAAGAUGGCAUUUAUAGAUCUGGCUUACCUCAACCCUCCAAUUUUCGAUUUCUCAAAACCCUAAAUCUUCGUUGCAUCAUAUAUUUGUGUCCUGAACCUUAUCCAGAAGAGAAUUUGAAGUUUCUUGAGGCUAACAAUAUUAGGCUCUUUCAAUUUGGAAUAGAGGGCAAAACGGAGCCUACUGUUUCUCUUCUCAAGGAUGCUAUCAUGGAUGCUCUGAAGAUCUUAGUUGACGUGAGAAACCAUCCAGUUUUGAUCCAUUGCAAGCGUGGAAAGCAUAGGACUGGUUGUCUUGUUGGUUGCCUGCGAAAACUGCAGAAUUGGUGCUUGGCUUCCGUAUUCGAAGAGUACCAGCGAUUUGCUGGUGUGAAAUCUAGAGAAACAGACAAGAAGUUUAUUGAGUCAUUCGAAGUGCUCUCCUUGAGGCAUUGCCUUUACAGCAUCAUCUACCGUUACCAUGGCUAUGGUUCCAAAAAGAGAAGGCUUCUCUACAAAGAAGACAAUGUUCAGAAGCCCCAGAUGACUUCAGUUUAGCAAUCGAGUUCAUAUAGUUUUGUUCUUUUAUCUAAUUAAGAUUUCCCUCUUUAAGUUUGCAUAUAUGAUAUAUAUAUUGCGGUCCCCACUAUUAGGUUUUUCUUUUCCUUUCACAAUAGGUUCUUUGGAACAAAACAACCUUUGUAUACUUCUUCAUUCUCAACCUCAAGUGUUGAUCUUUUUUACACAUAGGAACGAGCCAAUUAGUACGGAAAUUCCAUCUUCCUCGUUAGAUUUUGUGAUUACUUUCAUUAGAGAAAAAAAAAACCAAUAAAACAUUUUCAUUUCGGUGUUUGUUUUCCACUAAAUGGGCACCCUUGACUGAUUGCCUUGCAUUUGUUGUCUUCUCUGUUUUAAGGGUUUGAAGACAAAACAUGUCUUGUCAUAUGUGUUUGGGCUUUCAUUUUGAACAUUAUGGUUUGUCUUGAUAAAGUAAAACUUGAUUGUGAACUCAA